ACCACCCACGACACGGUAUUACACCCUUAAAUCACUGUCCGAGUAUAUACAGCGUGAGUACAACAAACGGAAUACGGCAUAGUAAGUCCUAGUAGUAGAGAUACAGAGUAGGAACGGUACUCCGUGGGGGCUGGGCUCCCGCGCAACUCAGGCCACCUCCCGCGCAACUCUUUCUUCCUUCUUCUAUCUGCAUCAGCAGCAGCGUUGCGACGAUGCCAUGCAAAAUAAGAUCCGGCCAUAGCCAUAGCCAGGCACUCUGGCAUACCUCCCUUCACUUCCAUGCUACCCCCAACACUACUACCAGGGUCCACUACUUACUCACUCUCCCACAGCACUAUUCCCCGCUACUCCCACAGAGCUCACGCUGUUUGUCUGUCUGUCUGUUUUCUCUGUUUGCUCUGUUUGCUCUGCUUUACUCUUCUCUUUUCGGCUAUUUCUCGUGGUCACCAUACCUCCUCCUUCUCUUCCUCAAGGUUGGAUUCCCGCCUUUUCUCUUGGCGCCAGAGAUUGCUUGAGAUUGGAUGCAAUGCGGGGGUGUCGAUAGCUGUUAGUGAUUACGGCACGGGUGGAUCGGUGCAUAGAAAAUUGGGGCUUCGACGUUGCCGCAGCAGUGGGCGUUGUUGUGCUGUGUUUGAGGAGAGGUCGGGUUGGCAGGGCGGGCGGGAGUUUCGUGUCGAUUGAGUAACAGGAGUUUUUUAUGGAAGUGGUCGGAGAUCAUGCGGGGUUUUUUGAAGGGGGCUUGAUGAAUGUGUAGGAUGAUGAGGUUGGUAGGUUUAGUUUUAUGGGAUCGGGUAUAUGUUGAAGCUGAAUAGGGGGUUUCUGAUGCUAAUUGCAGCGAUUGGGGGGUUUGAUGGAGCGGGUUUGUGCUCAAGGGAAGCAAGUGGUUGCAGUGGUGAACUCUGUAGGAUCGGGCAAUGUGUUCGGGAAAUGGCGUUAGGAAGAGACUAGGGUUAGGGUGCGGGAAUCGAUCGUUGCAGUUCCCUUGGAUUUCUUGAUUCUGAGAAGCGGCUGUGCACUGUGGAUUCUGGUUUUUUAAAUUUUGGGGGCUUGUUAACAUGGCAAAGCCGAAGAAUGGGAAGAAGACUUUGGACUCAUGCGUCAUUAAGGGCACUCGGAAAAUUGUUAAAGUUGGAGAUACAGUUCUGAUGCGCAGUGAGGAUCCAGAUAAACCUCCAUAUAUUGCCAAAGUAGAGAAUAUCGAGGGCGAUAGCCGGGGCAAUGUGAAGGUUCAGGUGCGAUGGUAUUACCGCCCAGAAGAAUCAAUGAGUGGGCGCAAGCAGUUCCAUGGACAGAAAGAGGUUUUUCUGUCCGACCACUACGACGUGCAGAGCGCGGACACAAUAGAAGGCAAAUGCAUUGUGCACUCUUUUAAGAACUACACGAAACUGGAGGCUGUGAGUGCUGAGGACUACUUCUGUCGGUUUGAGUACAAGGCAACUACUGGUGGUUUCACUCCUGACCGCGUCGCUGUGUACUGUAAGUGCGAGAUGCCUUACAACCCCGACCAUGUGAUGCUGGAAUGCAACAGUUGCAAAGACUGGUUCCAUAGGCAUUGCGUGGGAUUGAGCGAGGAGCAGGUUAAACACGUGGAUAGAUACAUUUGUCCUGGUUGUGCUCCUGAAACUGUGAAGAAAAGUAAUGGACCAUCACAUAUGACCCCAGACGCCAAGAGCCAAAACGUCAGAGGAGGUGACCUUGAAUCAAAUUUGGUCCAUUCUUCAAAUCCUCUUACAUUGUCUUUAAGAUAUCACAAAUAUGAGAAGUUUUUUGACAUCGGAAUUCAGACUCAUAAUGUAAGAUAGCGGUCUCAACUAUGGUGCGCUUCUACAGGGACCUUUCUUCAGUUAAAGGUAGCUGUGUACACGGGCUCACUUGAAGUGUUCAUUUGAAUCCACGAGUUGGGACUGUGUCAUUUACGCAUUCUAAGGGCUCUCUGUACGCUGUUUCAGGGUAACGUACUGCAUAGUUGCUUGAUAAAAGCCUUUUCACUUGUGGCUGAUUAUCUCUUAGAUUAACCUGCUAUCCAUUUAUCUGUUUCGUCAGCAAGACAUUUUGUUCAGUUGGGCGCAGGAUGCAGCAGAAUGCUAGUUGGUUGGUUAGUGAAGCUGAGGACACCGUUGAUUUGUACUUCAUCUGAAAUGUACAACACGCUCAAGUUUUCUUUCAUUCAUUGCAGAAGUUUUGACAGGUCGAAAAAUACCUUUAUCAAUCGAACUCCUGGCAGUGACUGAAAUGUGUUUUGCAGUUAGAACCCUUCCGGUUUAAAUGUUAGAACUUGUUGUCAUAGUAAAUACUAACGUUUUGUACAUAAUAUUGUAUUGGUCAGUUGACCAUGUUGAUAGACUUAAACUAUAUUAUCGGUGUCUGAAAUUGGCUGAACAAUAGUUUCCAAUGACUUGUAACGAAAUCGACAAUCAUUUGUCAUUACCAACUGAAGUAUAACUGAAUAGCAUUC